AAGGAAAGCGCAGCCCGGACUGGGCGCGCAAGGUGGGGAGGUGCGGGGCUGGGCGUGAGGAGGCGGGGCGCGCGCCGCGGGGGACCCCUCCCUCGCGUCCUCCUUGUGGUCCACGGGUCUGCUUUCCCAGAUCCGCCGCCUGGCCGGGAUUGAAGGCGAUAGCGCGGCCAAGGGGGCGCGGCCGGGACAAGCUCCGGGACCGGGUGCUCUGGGUGAGGGGACGGUGAGCCGGCUGCGGGACAGGCGUGAGAAUAGAUCCCCGGACCUUGAAAGGCGAUCCGAGGGCGCAGACCCUGGGCAGAUGUGAAGCUGAGCCGGCUAAAGGCAAGACACUGAUCCGCUCCGGGCGCAACGGCGCGGCGGGCUCGAGUGUCCUCUGGCGGCGCCCGGAGCAGGUGAACAGGUCCCCACUCCAGGCACCGCGCCCUCCAGCGCUCUGGUCCCCGCCCCGGCUCGCGCUCACAGUCAUGGGCCCCGGCCCCAGCCGCGCGCCCCGCGCCCCGCGCCGGAUGCUCUGCGCGCUCGCUUUGAUGGUGGCGGCCGGCGGCCGCGUCGCCUCCGCCUUCAACCUGGACACCCGAUUCCUGGUGGUGAAGGAGGCCCAGAACCCGGGGAGCCUCUUCGGCUACUCGGUCGCCCUCCACCGGCAGACAGAGCGGCAGCAGCGAUACCUGCUCCUGGCCGGUGCCCCCAGGGACCUCGCUGUGCCUGAUGGCCACACCAACCGGACCGGUGCUGUGUACCUGUGCCCCCUCUCUGCCCACAAGAACGACUGUGAGCGGAUGGACAUCACGGAGAAAAGUGACCCUGACCAUCACAUUAUUGAGGACAUGUGGCUUGGGGUGACUGUGGCCAGCCAGGGCCCUGCAGGCAGAGUCCUGGUCUGUGCCCACCGCUACACCCAGGUGCUGUGGUCAGGGUCGGAGGACCAGCGGCGAAUGGUGGGCAAGUGCUACGUGCGGGGCAAUGACCUGGAGCUGGAUGCCAGCGAUGACUGGCAGACCUACCACAACGAGAUGUGCAACAGCAACACCGACUACCUGGAGACCGGCAUGUGCCAGCUGGGCACCAGUGGCGGCUUCACCCAGAACACCGUGUACUUUGGCGCCCCCGGUGCCUACAAUUGGAAAGGAAACAGCUACAUGAUUCAGCGGAAGGACUGGGAUUUAUCUGAGUAUAGUUACAAGGACCCAGAGGACCAAGGAAACCUCUACAUUGGGUACACAGUGCAGGUAGGCAGCGCCAUCCUGCACCCCACGGAUAUCACUGUUGUGACGGGUGCCCCACGGCACCGACAUAUGGGUGCCGUCUUCUUGCUGAGCCAGGAGAUGGGCGGAGACCUGCGGAGGAGGCAGGUGCUGGAAGGCACGCAGGUGGGCGCUUAUUUUGGCAGCGCCAUCGCCCUGGCGGACCUGAACAACGAUGGGUGGAAGGACCUCCUGGUGGGUGCUCCCUACUACUUUGAGCGGAAAGAAGAAGUUGGGGGUGCAGUCUAUGUCUUCAUGAACCAGGCGGGCACCUCCUUCCCUGCCCACCCCUCCCUCCUCCUUCAUGGCCCCAGUCGCUCCGCCUUCGGCUUCUCCGUGGCCAGCAUUGGUGACAUCAACCAGGAUGGAUUCCAGGACAUUGCUGUGGGAGCCCCUUUCGAAGGCCUUGGCAAAGUGUACAUCUACCACAGCAGCUCCAGGGGGCUCCUCAGACAGCCCCAGCAGGUAAUCCACGGAGAGAAGCUGGGACUUCCUGGCUUGUCCACCUUUGGCUACUCUCUGAGUGGGCAAAUGGACGUGGAUGAGAAUUUCUACCCGGACCUUCUAGUAGGGAGUCUGUCAGACCACAUCGUACUGCUGCGAGCCCGGCCGGUCAUCAACAUCCUCCACAGGACCUUGGUUGCCAGGCCAGCUGUACUGGACCCUACCCUGUGCACAGCCACCUCUUGUGUGCAGGUGGAGCUGUGCUUUGCUUACAACCAGAGUGCUGGGAACCCCAACUACAGGCGGAACAUCACUCUGGCCUAUACCCUGGAGGCUGACCGGGACCGCCGCCCGCCUCGGCUCCGCUUUGCCAGCAGCCAGUCCGCUGUCUUCCAUGGCUUCUUCUCCAUGCCUGAGAUGCGCUGCCAGACCCUGGAUCUGCUCCUGAUGGACAAUGUCCGUGACAAACUCCGCCCCAUUGUCAUCUCCAUGAACUACUCUUUACCCUUGAAGAUGCCCGAGCGCCCCCGCCUGGGACCGCGGUCUCUGGACGCCUACCCGGUCCUCAACCAGGCGCAGACGCAGGAGAACCAUACUGAGGUCCAGUUCCAGAAGGAGUGUGGAUCUGACAACAAGUGCGACAGCAACUUGCAGAUGCAAGCCGCCUUUGUGACUGAGCACCUGCAGAGGCUGAGCAGGCUCCAGUACAGCAGAGAUGUCCGGAAACUGCUCCUGAGCAUCAAUGUGACCAACACCCCAAGCUGGGAGAGGAAUGGGGAAGACGCCCAUGAAGCACUGCUCACCCUGGAGGUGCCUCCUGCCCUGCUGCUGUCCUCAGUGCGCCCAUCGGGGGCCUGCCAAGCUAAUGAGACCAUCCUGUGUGAACUGGGGAACCCCUUCAAACGGAACCAGCGGAUGGAGCUGCUCAUUGCCUUUGAGGUCAUAGGGGUGACCCUGCAAACGAGGGACCUUCAGGUGCAGCUGCAGCUGUCCACAUCGAGUCACCAGGACGACCUGCGGCCCAUGACCCUGACUCUGUUGGUGGACUACACGCUCCAGGCCUCACUCAGCAUGGUGAAUCACCGGCUACAAAGCUUCUUUGGUGGGACUGUGAUGGGGGAGUCUGGCAUGAAAACGGUGGAGGAUGUGGGAAGCCCUCUCAAAUAUGAAUUCCAGGUGAGCCCAGUCGGGGAGGGAUUGGUGGCCCUGGGGACCCUGGUCCUGGGUCUGGAGUGGCCCUAUGAAGUCACCAAUGGCAAGUGGCUGCUGUACCCCACGGAGAUCACCGUCCACAGCAAUGGGUCCUGGCCCUGCUGGCCACCCGGAGACCUUGUCAAUCCUCUCAACCUCACUCUCUCUGACCCCGGGGACAGGCCACCAUCUCCACAGCGCAGGCGGCGAGAGCUGGACCCAGGGGGAGGCCAGGGCCCGCCACCUGUCACUCUGGCUGCUGCCAAAAAAGCCAAGUCUGAGACUGUACUGACCUGUGCCACUGGCCGUGCCCGCUGCGUGUGGCUGGAGUGCCCCAUUCCUGAUGCCCCCGUCGUCACCAACGUCACGGUGAAGGCUCGGGUAUGGAACAGCACCUUCAUCGAGGAUUACAGAGACUUUGACCGAGUCAGGGUAGAUGGCUGGGCUACUCUGUUCCUGAGAACCAGCGUUCCCACCAUCAACAUGGAGAACAAGACCACGUGGUUCUCUGUGGACAUUGACUCUGACCUGGUGGAGGAGCUGCCCGCUGAGAUAGAGCUGUGGCUGGUGCUUGUGGCUGUGGGUGCCGGUCUGCUGCUCCUGGGGCUGAUCAUCCUCUUGUUGUGGAAGUGUGACUUCUUUAAGCGGACCCGCUACUACCGGAUCAUGCCCAAGUACCACGCGGUGCGCAUCCGGGAGGAGGAGCGCUAUCCACCUCCAGGGAGCACUCUGCCCACCAAGAAGCACUGGGUGACCAGCUGGCAGACUCGGGACCGAUACUACUGACAUCCUUCCUGACCCCACUCCUUCCUCCCCCAGUGUCCCUUUCUUCCUAUUUAUCAUAAAUUAUGCCUCUGACAGUCCACAGGGGCUAUUGCCUUUGGCUGGCACCAGCAGAUCAAGGCACGUGCUGUCUGGCUCCAGGCAUCUUCCAGCAGGACCUUGCAAUGCUGAGCACACUGCAGCCUGGGGCCUGCUGCUUGUGCCCUGGGCUCAUGCACCAUGGAUGGUACAUGGAUGUGCCACAUCCCAGCCUCUGCCUAUGCCAGAACCAAGCCAAAGGGGCCCCAAUGUGGUGACGCCUCCCCCUUUCACACUGGAUCCAUCUUGAGCCAUAGUCACUGAACUGACUUUGCUGUUGAGAGUAACUACUGACAGGAAGCAGCCAGUGGGCCCAGCCACAGAGCCGGGGUCCCAUUAAAGGCUGUCCAGGGGCAUUUGCAGGACCAGCACGCUGUGAUCCAGGGGCAGAUGAACUAGAAAGAAGGUCCCAGGAUGGCUUGCUUUCAUGGAUCUCUGUGAAGCAUCUCUCCAAGGAACUAGCGGGGGAGACAACCCAAAGGAACAGAGAUGGUUGGCAGGACAUCCUGGUCCUGCUGCUCUGGAACUGCCCUGGAGCGUGUGGAAGUCUAGAGAGCAGGAGACCAGUCCUGGGCCAAACACGUUGGCAGGAUGCAGAGGAGAUACCAAUCCUGAUCCACUACUACCACCCCAGCCUCAGAAAGGCCUGGAAAGACCACAGAGGGAGCGACACUUGAAUGUAGGGCAGGGAGGGAGCCUGUCCCUGAUCCCAUCCCAGGCCAGGCCCCACUCUGGUGCCCCCUACCAUGAACUGGGGGCCUGGAGGUGGAGUUCUUGACUGUCCUCAGCUUCUAGAGCCAACCUGGCUCUACCCCUCCCCAGUGGGCUACAUAGGACGCCAAGGCUGGUUCCCGGGACCUCCCCUGGCCCCUGCCCACCCCCUCCACGGUACUGUAGCAGGGGAGCUCCCGCCCCGCCUCGUGCCUUCUUUGUACACAGGCUUCUCACUGCAACCAAUAAACAGCUCCCGUUUGUA